AUGGCUACUCCAGACGUCGCCCGGCCUGUUGCAGCAGGUAAUUCCCAACGUGAACAGCCUUUUCAUCAUGUCAAAUUCGAUCCAACUCGACAUCUUCGCUACGAGAAGCCCACGUCGUUGAUUACGCUAGACGAUCUUGCGCUUGAGCUACCAGAUGCUACUUGCAGAACAGCCAUAACAGCGCCGUUUCCUCUGCUUACCCCGGAAGGUGUUUAUCAGCUACGAUCAGACAUCUUCCGCAAAGAUAUUGUGGGAAAAUACGGUUCGUGGAAGUAUCCAGGCGUAUAUCGCAUUCGUGGUUAUGGCCCAGCGGCCCCCUUUGCGUACAGCAUGUGGCGGAGCCCUGAAAUCCUAGCCGCAUGUUCGGAUGCAGCAGGCAUGGAGUUAGACAUUAUGAUGGACUAUGAGAUUGGGCAGCUCAAUGUCCAACUUCCGCAGAGCGUGGAUCGAAACGACCCAAUUACAGAGAAUCUGCCUCCGGCUGUGCCGCCCAAGCCACGAGACGACGAAGCACAAGAGCACGAAGAAGGCGCUGAUUUAAAGGAUUUGGUCUCGGCAUGGCACCACGAUUCGUAUCCCUGGGUAUGUGUACUGAUGUUGUCAGACCCUGUUGGAAUGUCUGGCGGCGAAACAGCGCUGCGCCGCGGCGAUGGCGGCGUCUUGAAGAUGCGGCAACCAGGCAUGGGCUACGCCGUGAUGAUGCAGGGCAGUCUGGUUUCCCAUGCGGCCCUCCGAACCUUGGGAUCCGGUGAGCGCAUCACGUUUGUAGUGUCUAUGAGACCGAGAGACCCGACGAGACCAGACACAAGCACGCUUCGAACGGUUAAGCCGAUUAGUGAUGUCGACGAGCUGUUUCGACAGUGGGCGGAUUAUCGAUUGGAUGUCAUCUCCAAGCGUGCACAGGCAAUGAAGGAAGAAUUGGCUCUAACAAAAGGGCGGCCGGCGCGAAAAACGCACGAAUUGGCUAAGAAAUGGGUAGAGGAGCAGAUUGACUAUUUGCAAGCUACAGUGAAAGAGAUGGACCUUGAGGACUAUAUCCCACCGAAUUACUAG